AAUGGCUUCUCUAAGUGAUUGAGCUUCACUAAUAAUGUAUACCUCUCUCUAGUCAUAGUCGUAUAUAUUCAAAACAAAUCCUCAUUCUCGCCACAUAAUGUGUGUGUAUAUAUAUAUAUUGAAGAGAUAAAUAUUUUUACAUAUAUCUUGUGUGGUGCUCAUACAAGGAAGGAAACAUAGUAGCAGCUUCUCAUAUACAUACACCAUUAAUUUCCCACUUCAUAUAUAUAUAUUCAUUACAGCUUUUCAUUCCCCACUUUUCAAAGCUUUCUUCUAUCUCUCCCACCUCUACAGAUAUCAAGAUUGUAGAAGAUUCCUCAUCAAUUUUUUUUCUUCAGCUCACGCUCCGCGUAAAAAGCUGCCAUGAGGCUUUCAUUCUCAGCAGCCUGCAAACAACCACAGCCCCUUGUAAAUUUUCCGGGUGGACUAAUCAACAUGGAACCCUUCCUUCCGCGACGUCGGAAAGACAAGGUUGUGGUGGUCAUGGGAGCUACCGGUACCGGAAAAUCAAGACUUUCCAUUGACCUAGCCACCCAGUUUCCGGCAGAGAUCAUAAAUUCGGACAAAAUGCAAGUUUACAAAGGGCUUGACAUUGUCACCAACAAAGUCACUGAAGAGGAGUGUUGCGGAGUCCCCCACCACUUAUUAGGGUUUGUAGAUCCUAAUGAGGACUUCUCAUCCGUCGAUUUUCGACACCAUGCAUCACUAGCCGUUGAAUCCAUAAUCAGACGUGGCCGGCUCCCCAUCAUCGCCGGCGGGUCCAAUUCGUACAUCAAAUCCCUAAUCAACCACGAUAUCAAAUUCCAAUCAAGCAGAUAUGAUAUUUGCUACCUUUGGAUUGACGUGUCGUUGCCUGUCCUCCACUCGUUCGUAUCCGGACGAGUUGAUCGGAUGGUGGAGGCAGGUUUGGUGGACGAGGUUCGGAGUGUUUUCGACCCCCAAGCCGACUACACACGUGGAAUUAGGCAAGCCAUUGGAGUUCCGGAAAUGGAUCGGGUCUUUCGAGCCGAAUCUGCAGCAUCGAAUGAUAUGAGUCGGACUAGGCUUCUUGAACUAGCCGUUGAUGAAAUCAAAGCCAACACUUGCAAAUUAGCUUCCCGCCAAUUCCAGAACAUCGUGAGGCUUCGAAACCACCUCGAUCAACGACACAUGCAUUGCCUUGAUGCCACCGACGCAUUAAUAAAGCGCGGGAACGAGGCCGAGGAAGCUUGGGAGAAGCUGGUGGCGGCACCAAGCGCCAUGAUCGUCCGCCGAUUCCUCUACGAAGACGAUUUCAUGGCCGCCAUCGCCGCCGCUGCCCCUCCGACUUCUAUCAUCGGAGCACCCACCGUCGCGGUGGCCGCUGCAACUCACUAAAGAGAAUAAUAUCAUUUCCAACCCAAGUGUGCCACGUGGAAUGUACCUUUUGUGCCUUUGUUUGUUUUUUUUUUUCUUCUUCCUUUGCUCUUAAGGUUGGUUAUAAGUAACAAAGCAGGAAGGGGUUGCUGUCAGGUGGAGAAGUACACCGAAAGCGUGUCGGCCGUACAGUCUUGGGAGCAUUUUAGAGAUCCGUGCUGGGUGGCUGCUACAAUUCUAUGUGCACGAGCCUACUUUUGUUACUGUGUGGAAUCAUACGUUGGUUUAUGUGGACCCCAUAUAUGAAUAUAGUCCAAUAAAAAGUAUUGGCUCCACUUGUGUGGACCCCACGACCUUUGGGAGUGGCAUUUUUGGUUUA